CAAAAAUAGAUGUUAGAAAAAGAGAGGUGAAAAUUUGAAGAACAAACACACAAGAUUUGAAAUGAGAAACAACAACCAAUGGUUGCAACCCCAAGUUUCGCUCCAAGGCCUUCUAUUGACCAAAUCUUCCUCUAUAACAAUGUAGUUCCAUGAAUUGUGCAACCCAGCUGCUCGUGGGAACCUCUUUCCUUUCGAGAAAGAGGUUCCUCAUUAGCUCAUUUCAUCUCAUUCACUCAUUUCCCCUCUCCUCCUUGACACCAAACCAACAACCCAUCUCCCAGUUUCUUUCGAAAGUUUGAGCCAUGGCGGCUUCGAGCCAUGCAAUUCUCCUUUCCUUUAUUUUCCUGCAGCUCGCCUCAUCGGUGCUCUCCCAUGAUGGGAUGGCCAAGAAGACUGUGACAUACGACGGGAGGUCGUUGAUGGUCGAUGGAAGAAGAGAGCUCCUCUUCUCGGGUUCGAUCCAUUAUCCUCGCAGCACCCCAGAGAUGUGGCCGGAUCUCUUGAAGAAGGCUAAGCAAGGAGGUUUGAAUGUGAUUCAAACUUAUGUUUUCUGGAACCUCCAUGAGCCUGUUCAAGGACAGUUCAAUUUCGAGGGGAACAACGAUUUGGUGAAGUUCAUCAGGCUGAUUGGUGAGCAUGACAUGUAUGUGACCCUCAGGGUUGGGCCAUUCAUUGAGGCUGAAUGGAACCAUGGAGGAUUUCCUUACUGGCUACGAGAGGUCAAAAACAUCACAUUCCGUGCUGAUAACGAGCCAUUCAAGUACCACAUGAAAAAGUUCACCAAGAUGAUCAUUCAAAAGAUGAAAGAUGAGAAAUUGUUUGCCCCUCAAGGUGGCCCUAUCAUCUUAGCACAGAUCGAAAAUGAGUACAACAACAUCCAACUUGCUUACAAGGAAUUAGGAACUCGAUACGUUCAAUGGGCAGGAAAUAUGGCUGUUGGGCUGAAAACUGGAGUCCCAUGGAUUAUGUGCAAGCAGAAGGAUGCCCCCGGUCCAGUGAUCAACACAUGCAAUGGAAGGCACUGUGGAGACACUUUCACAGGCCCCAAUCAUCCCAGCAAGCCCUCCCUAUGGACUGAGAAUUGGACUGCCCAGUAUCGAGUAUUCGGAGACCCACCAUCUCAAAGAGCGGCAGAAGAUCUUGCAUUCUCAGUUGCUCGCUUCUUCUCGAAGAAUGGAACUUUGACAAAUUAUUAUAUGUACCAUGGUGGGACAAACUUUGGCAGAACAGGUUCCUCUUUUGUGACAACUCGCUACUAUGAUGAAGCUCCUCUCGAUGAAUUUGGUUUGCAGCGCGAACCAAAAUAUGGUCACCUAAGGGACUUGCACGCUGCUCUGAGAUUGUGCAGGAAGCCUUUGCUCUGGGGGACUCCUGGUACUGAAUUUUUGGGUUUGGGUCUAGAGGCUCGAUUCUAUGAGAAGCCUGGAAGUACGGUUUGUGCUGCUUUCCUUACCAACAACAAUUCUAGAACACCCGCUACAGUAACUUUCAGGGGACAACAGUAUUUCUUGCCACCCCAUUCCAUUAGCAUCCUCCCAGACUGCAAGACUGUGGUUUACAAUACUCAAAAGAUUGUAGCACAGCAUAGCGCACGGAAUUUCAAAAGAUCCAAGCUUGCAAACAAGAACCUGAAAUGGGAGAUGUCCCAAGAAUCCAUUCCUACCACGAACGAAGUACCUGUCAAUUCAAAUACACCGAUUGAGCUUUAUGGCUUGACUAAGGAUACCUCAGAUUAUGCUUGGUACACCACUAGCAUAGAUUUGCACAUCCGCGACUUACCAAUGAGGCGAGAUAUAAAACCAGUCCUACGGGUUGCAAGUCUUGGCCAUGCAAUGCUUGCAUUUGUAAAUGACGAAUUUGUUGGUUGUGGACAUGGUAACAAUAUAGAAAAGAGCUUUGUCCUUCAGAAACCUGUAAACUUGAGGCCUGGAACUAAUCACAUAGCACUGCUGGCCAUGACAGUGGGAUUUCCGGAUAGUGGAGCGUACAUGGAGCAUAGGUAUGCUGGACCUCGCGCUAUAUCAAUCCUUGGAUUGAACACUGGAACUCUUGAUCUGACUUUGAAUGGUUGGGGACAUCAGGUUGGUUUAUCUGGAGAAAAGGUCCGUGCAUACACCCAGAAAGGAUCACACAGAGUAAAAUGGACUGGGGCCAGUGCCACUGCCACUGCCAAUGGAACUGGACCAGCAGUCACAUGGUACAAGACAUACUUUGAUACUCCUGAAGGAGAUAACCCUGUUGCAGUAAGGCUCUCCAGCAUGGGCAAAGGAAUGGCCUGGGUCAACGGCAAAAGCAUCGGACGAUACUGGGUGUCUCAUCUCUCUCCUCUUGGAAACCCUACUCAGUCCGAGUACCAUAUCCCAAGAUCAUUCUUGAAGCCAACGGAUAAUCUCCUGGUCAUCUUUGAGGAAAGCGGUGGAAAGCCAGAAGAAAUUGAAAUUCAACUAGUGAACAGGGAUACCAUCUGCAGUGUGGUAUCUGAGACCCACCCACCCCGUGUGAGUUCAUGGGAAAAGAAGGAGAAUGAACUCCGAGCUGUGGUGGAUGCAAAGUCCAAAGCACACUUGAAGUGCCCUGAUGAGAAAGUCAUUGUUGAGGUGGAGUUUGCAAGCUUUGGUGAUCCUUAUGGUUCCUGUGGAGACUUCAUUGCUGGAAAUUGCUCUUCAUCUAAUGCCAAGUCUAUUGUUACAAAGCACUGCUUGGGCAAGUGCGGCUGUGACGUACCACUUGACGCUGGAAUCUUUAGCAAGGGCGGCGACGUUUGUCUGAACAUGUUAAAGACAUUGGCUAUCCAAGUGAGGUGUGGCCGUGAGAAGCACCUCAGGAAUUCAGAUUAAGGAACUAUUGCUUGAAGAAUAUCACAUGGGUUUGAAUGAAAGAUGUUAAAAACACUCAUAGGAUGGCUUUAAUGGUCUAAUAGAAUUGAGUACUCCUGAGUUUAAUUUCUUAUUCAGAAGGGUAAAUCAAUGCCCAGAUUUAUAUAAUGCAAUUCUUUUUCCUGUUC